GAAGCUUGCUGCUAGAGCAGUGCCUUCUGAAGACGCUUGAAUCGACUCGAGAAGACUGUGAAGUGGGGGAAUAGAGUUGCAAAGUACCGCUCAUAUCUAUGACCUCGAAAGGCAAAGAUGUUGCAAUGCGUAUACGCGAGCGCGUCCAGAAGGAGCAGGAGUGCGAGGAGGAAGAGGAAGGAGAAGAAGAGACCUCGUCGAGAGGCAGGAGGCAGGCCGAAGAAAGAGACGAGGCGAGGGGGAGACUGAGGCUACCUCUGUCGGCACUAGCGUGUAUAAAGUGCCGGAGACGUUUGAAGAAGAAGGGAUAUGCAAAGGCAAGAUGUUGACGAGAGGCAGAUUACCUCACCGCGAGGGCGAGGUGAUGUGCCUUGCUGGCCGGACUUAGCCUCUGACUGGCGGCUACUUUCUGUCGUCGAGCUCAGAGUCCGCAAGGAAUUCGCAAUAUCGGGCU